AUAAUAUAAAUCACUUCGGCUGCUAAUGCUCGAACAUUUUUUGACUUGUAACAAAUUUGCCAAUGCAGAUAUUAGAUAUAAAAUGCGUUCGCGAGCUGUUUUUUCUCUCUCUUUUGGAAAUGUCCUUGUGGGAAAGCAUGCUAUCAUGGCAGCUAUCUAUUUUUUCCUUUCUAAAUUCUACAUUUCCUGCGCUUUGUGCUUUUAAAGUGUAACACUUGAACAAUGGUCUUGCACAGCUGGUUAUCAAGUUCAGCCAAUGCAUUUCUAACUCCCGCAGAAUCUGAAUCAAUGUACUAUUUAUUUAUUUUUGUCGUUUAUUAGGCUAGUGUUCCGGAAGGCGUUUCUUUUGUUCGGUAGGAACAUGAGGACCUUUCAUUGUGCAUUUUAUUGUUAGCCUACUCAAAAAUACGUUGUCCAACCGGUUAAAGAGAUGCUGCUGUUCGUGUUCCUGGCUGCUUUGAGGCCUCUGGCUUGUGAUGCUGAGUCCUUUUCGGUUCUGGUUCCCCCCGACCCGAUCUCGGCCCGGGCGGGAAGCACGGUCACCCUGCCCUGCUGGCUGGCCCGUGCCAUCAGCGCCGAGCCCAUGGAGGUCCGCUGGCACCGGUCGCCGUCCUUCAGAAUAACAGCCCUUCACUACAUGGGGGGCCAGCUGCAGGACAGCUCCCAGGACCCCCGCUUCAGAGGGCGGGCGUCUUUUGGGUCGAGGGGCCCCGAGGCCGGAGGGCUGAAGGGGGGAGAUGUGUCUCUCAGGCUGGAGAACGUCACGCUGGAGGACGAGGGAGAGUUUCAGUGCUACGUGAGCAACAACCUGCACUACGAGGCAGGGCGCGUCAUUCUCAAUGUGAUGGUGACUGGCACACCUCCCGUGUUAUCCGUGCGCCAGGCUAACGACAGUCUCGUGAACGUCAGCUGUGCGUCGUCUGGCUGGCACCCCCGGCCCAUUCUUACCUGGUCUGACAGUCAGGGGAGGUCUGGCCUGUCCCCCGGUGGCCUGCUGUACGGUCCUGCAGAGCAGGGCGUGGUCUCGGUCUUCAGCUGGAUCCUCACCCCAGCCUCUGAUGCAGCCUGGAUGUCCUGCUCAGUGUUCCUCCCUGGGGAGGAAGGGAGAGAGGGAAGGGUGGCUUUGCUCACGUCAAGAGCUGACACACACACACACACACGUACACACACAGGUGAUCAGUCAGGUCAGUGGAAGGCGGCCUUCAUUGCAUUGCUCAUCCUUGGAUUGCUCGCCAUGGCCAUCGCCGCUUUUCUCUUCGUAAGAAAGAGAAGAACAGGUAGCAAAGAGUCAGUAGAGAUCCCAGAGAACGUUCCACUUCUACAAACAGACUCCGACACAUUGGUGUGUUUUUGUGCAGGUAUUGAUAAAGCAGCUAAGGAAAAAGUGGAUAUCACACUGGAUGAAGACACGGCUCAUCAACAUCUGAAGUUAACUCCGGAUGGGAAAAGAGUAAGAGAUUCAUUAGUGUCACAAAAAAGAGACCCCAGUAAAAACAGGUUCACUCACCACUUGUUUGUCCUGGGGAAAGAGGGCUUUACCUCAGGACGGGCUUACUGGCAGGUAGGGCUGUUGGACGAGAAGGUGGGGCUGAAAAUGUCCUGGUCUGUGGGUGUGGUCAGUGAGUCAGCUAAGAGGGAUUGUGAAGAUCUCACCCCUAGUGAAGGCUACUUGGUCUUCUCCUCAGAUAGAGACAAUGGACUCAGUGUGAACACCGUACCUGUAACCAGACUCUGUGAGAAACUGAGACCUAAAACUUUGGGAGUGUUUUUAGAUUAUGACAAUAAUAUGAUCUCCUUUUUCAAUGUUGAAGAGAAAAGCCAUAUUUUGACUGUCUGUGUUACAUUCCAUGAGAAGGUUUACCCACUCUUUGGUCCAGGAAUGGGUGAUGAUACACCACUAGUUAUUCCGCCUAUUCCUGAUGUGAAGCAAGAAUCAAACGUGAAUACUGCGGAAAAUUCAAAUGACAAGAUUCAAUCCAUAACCCCCACAACUGAUCCCACUUAAUCCUCAAAUUCUGACAAAGCUUCAGACCGCAGCACAAAACCCCCAAUAUACGACCAAGAAUAAAAUGUGAAUACUGCGGACAAUUCAAAUGACUCAACCCUGAAAUUGACAACUCAGGUCUUGAGACCACAGCCCAACACAGUUUACAACCCAAUAAAAUGUAAAUUUUGAAUAAAAGAACUGGGCAGCUGGAUCAUACCAUGAUUUUCAUACUAUUGGCAUUUGGCCUGUCACAAGAGACUUGCUUACUACACUUUAUUUUCUGUUAAAACCCAAAACUGGUUUAAACUGAGGUUUGUUCAGUAGUGAAGCUCAAAUAUCUCUUACUAUUUGUGGUACUUAUGUAGAUCUCACACCUUCUGUUAUUUGCAAUGUUUUUGGAGUGUCCAGGUGUGGCCCACUGGUGCGAGAGAGGUCUCUCCAACUUUUUCAGAUAUUCUUGAUGCGGGAACUUGUUUCCCCUAAAUAUCUGUUGAGAAAUGCAUUUAAAAAGUAUUUUGCUGUGCGCAAGAAAUUACUGUAAUUUUAUUUUCAUUAAAAGUUCUCCAGAAAAAUAAGAUUUUAUACAGACCCAAUGCAGUCACAGAAUAAAAGGUUUCCAAUUUUUUCUGUAGUAACAUGAUAGUAACAAGGCUUACCAACAAAUCAAAACAGAAAAAGUGUUCUGAAUAUCAUUAGUGAAAAUGAGUGAAUUUUCCAAAUUUGGAUUUGGACACUACUCGGGGACGACCACAAGCCAGGUUCUGUUAACUAAUGACAAAAUGUUCAGUGUAAAUACCAAAAGAAUUGAGACACGAUGAGAAACCUUUUAUUUUUGUCUGGAUCUUUGUUCACAUUACGCUGUACUCCCAUGCAUCUUAAGUGGCAUUUACAUCUAAAACAAAAAGUUAUCAAAAAAUGUUAAAAAAGAAUAAUUUUUACGAAUUGUAUGUAAUUUCAAAUUGAUUAUUGAAUAAUGACUGAAUAUUUGUUAAAUGUGUCGCACUACAUUCGAAUUGCAAAGCUCAACUAAUGAGGUCCAUUAGCGACAACUUUAUUCAAAUGUGUAACUGUUUUAUUGAACUUGUUCUGACUUGAGUAAUGUGCUGUAAUUUUGUGUUUUUGUGUCUUGUGCCAAGUGUGUUGCCUCGUUAUGCAGGUACAGCACAUUUUAAAAUGAUGCUGUACCUCUUAACUCUUUUUAUAAAUGUAAAAUAAAUACACUGCAUGGGAAAAAAUG